AUGCUGCCAGAGCCCGUCCCUGAUGUGACGGACAAGAUGGCGCCAACAAAACUCGGCGACAUCGCGGCGUACUCGCUGCUCGGAUUGGGAAGUCUUUUCCUGGGUGGUGAGCUCGGAUUCUUCUCCGGAACUGCUUCAGCGGCUCGAACCAUCAGCAAGGACCCCGAAAGCCGCGCCAGGAUCGAGAAUGCGUUUAGAAGGUUCAGGGCUGAGGCUCUGAGGAAGGAGGCUGACCGACUGGACGGGGACGAAAAGAUCCUUGACAAGAUUUUUUGA